AUGUGCCCUUGCAACCCACAAAAUUCUGGGAAGCAAGUGAAAGCGGUCACUGAUGCGGGACGCUCACCCCCUCUGCUUCAAUUAACCUGGUUAACUGAUACACCUGUUUGGGUGGAUCAGUGGCCACUCUCAUAUGAAAAGCUGUCCCACUUAAAUGAAUUGGUCGAUGACCAAUUAGCUAAAGGACAUUUAGAGAAAUCUGUGAGUCCUUGGAAUACCCCUGUUUUUGUGAUCCCAAAGAAGUCGGGGAAAUGGCGUUUAUUACAUGAUUUGCGCGCAAUUAAUGUUGUAAUGGAAAGCAUGGGUGCGCUACAACCCGGAAUGCCAACCCCCACUAUGUUACCGGAAAACUGGGAAAUUAUUAUCAUUGAUCUAAAAGAUUGUUUUUUCACUAUCCCUUUACAUCCUCAAGAUCGAGCAAAAUUCGCUUUCAGUGUGCCCUCACUGAAUAAACAAGAACCGUACAAACGCUACCAAUGGACUGUUUUACCUCAACGUAUGAAAAAUUCGCCUACGAUCUGUCAGUAUUAUGUGGCGUGGGCUUUAACACCCGUUCGACAAGCUCAUCCAGAAUGGAUUAUUUACCAUUAUAUGAAUGACAUUUUAGUAGCCAGUGAGUCGUUUGUGUUCAGAGAUACAAUUAAUUACCUAUCUCAACAAUUAGCUACAGCAGGACUUGUUGUUGCUCCGGAAAAAAUACAAACAGCACCUGUUUAUAAAUAUCUGGGGCUCUCUAUCACUGAUUCUAUUGUCCAACCCCAAAAGUUACGUCUUACUACAAAUGUAGUGACUUUACAUGAUGUACAGCAUUUGGUAAGAGACCUACAGUGGCUUCGCCCGUAUUGUGGGCGGAGAGUUUUUGAUUUACCUUUCAACUUGGCUAUCAUGAAUUCCAACAGGUAUUUAGCUGCAAUUAUAUUUCAGUGGGACUCACAACGUUCAGAUCCUCUUAUCAUCUUAGAAUGGUAUUUUCCCCCGAGUCAUUGUUCAAAAACAAUAGCGACGCGUUCAAAAGGUAUAGCGCUAUGUAUCUCUAAGAUGCGGAACCGGUUGUGGGAAAUCGCAGGGACCACUUGUGAUACUAUGUAUUUACCCUAUACCGAAAACCAACUUGUUAAACUGUUACAACAUCGUGUAGAUUUUGCUUUAACUAUUUUAGGAUACAGUGGUAAAAUCAGCAAUCAUUACCCAGCACAUCGAUUGUUUGCCACCAAUUUAUCUUUUGAAAAAGAAUUGAUGUUGCGAUCUCAACCUCUGCAGGGUAAAACAAUCUUUACUGAUGCUAGUGUCCGAACUGGCAAAGCAAGAUUUGUGUGGUUUGAAAAUGGUGAUUGGCAGCGACAAAUAUUUUUAGCUGAUGGCUCUGCUCAAAUUUUGGAGCUAUUGGCAGUAGUUUCUGUCUUUCGGCAAUUUGCUAUAGAGCCUCUAAAUCUUAUAUGUGACUCGGUAUAUGUGGUCGGCGUCGUAAAACACCUAAAUCAUACGCCAAUUCCUUGGGGUUUGGCUGAAGGAAAUCAUCUUAUUGAUGGCCUAGUUGCUGCACCUGUUAUUGUUCCAGAUCUAUUUCGGCAGGCACUUGCCUCGCAUGAAUUUUUUCACCAAUCUGCUAAAGCCUUGAGCAGGCAAUUUAGUCUCUCAAAAAGCCAGGCAAAAAAUAUUAUCACUGCUUGUCCAUCUUGUUCACAAGCACGAGUUGCUAUUGAUGACGGCAUCAAUCCUCGAGGUCUUGGCCCACUAGAAUGCUGGCAAACUGAUGUUACUCAAAUUCCUCAAUUUCGAAAUGUUCAACAGGUUCAUGUUACUACUGAUACCUUUUCUCAUAUGAUGUGGGCCACAGCCUUAACAUCCACCUCUGCUUCUUGUUGGGGGGUACUCCAUGUUACAGGUGUCCCGGGAAAUUCCACAGGUCAAGCUAUUAUUGAACGAGCUCACCACACAUUAAAAUCACAGUUAGAAAAACAGAAUGAGUAUGCUCUACCCCCAGAAACACAAUUGAUGAAAGCAUUAUAUGUGCUGAAUUGGCUAAACAUUCGAGAAAAUGACUCUUUACCUCCAGGAAUAAAGCAUUUAGGAGAAUUAAAGGAAUCAACUUUUGAGGAAAAACCACCUGUGCAAUGGUAUGAUGUGAAAAAUAAUAAUUGGAAAGGUCCGUUGUCAUCAAUCCAAGCGUUGCAAUCUCUACACACCCUGGCCUGCUGGGCAGGCAAACAAAUGAAUAAAACCUCAGAAAUUCUGUAUGAUCUGGCAAGCGACCUAGAUAGUGUUCGCCAUGCGACUUUGCAAAAUCGAGCUGCAAUAGAUUUCUUGUUAUUAGCACAUGGACAUGGGUGUGAAGAGUUUGCUGGUAUGUGCUGUAUGAAUCUUUCGGAUCAUUCACAAUCGAUUCAUAAAAAGUUACAAGAGUUGAUGAAUAAUAUGCGUAAAUUGCGAUCUGAAGAUCGGUUUGACGACUAG